AUGGCCCCAACCGCCCCCGCCAAACGGCGCUCCAUCCGCGCCAAAGCCCUCGAGCGGCUCGCCAACCCCCUCCUCCCGCGCAAAGUCCACCGCCCGGACGCCGCCGUGACCGACGCCUUCCUCGAGACGAAGCGCGACAAGCGGCUGAUCAAGCACUCGUCGUUCGUCUCCAAGAUCAGCAAGGACCACCCCUCGCGGUCCGCCAGCGCACAGAAAAAGCGCAGGCGGCCCUCCAAGAAGCUCGUCGCCACGCUCGAGAGCCUCGCCGACGCGCUGCCCGAGCUGACCGAGGAGGACGGCGACGCGGCCGCCGCGCUGGGCAGCGGCAAGGUGCGCCACCGGAGCCUGCGCAGCCGGCCGGGCGCGCUGAAGCGGAAGGAGAGGAUUGUCCGGGGCGAGAUGGAGAGGUUUGGCGUGAGCCUGGCGCAGUUGACGGCGACGAAGGAGGAGCCGGCUUCGCAGCAGACCUCGGUCCAGACAAGCAGCAUGCAGGUGGAGGGUGCGGCGUUGGAUGCAAAGACUACAGUCGGUGCUCCGGCGACCUCAACCUCGAAUCGAUGGGCUGCUCUUCGAGGAUUUAUCUCUGCGACGAUGGAGCAGAAUCCAGCAUUCACUAGCAAGGGUUGA